CGAAAAUACUAAGCAUCUUGACCUCUUUGACUUCAGAAUAUCCAAGGUGAAUAACUUUGGUAGAAUUGAGGUAUCUGAGGUAUCGUUCUGCUCGUAUCAAUAAAGACCAAAAAUUAUAGCGACAUCUCAUUUAUUGCAUGGUCGGCAUGGUUACUGUUGUGUUGCUUGUAUGAGAUUGUUAUUACGUUGUAGACGUGGUGCCGACCAUCUUAGAGACUCCUUUCUAUUUUCUAUUUUAUAUAAAAGGGUGGCUUGGAGAUUCUCAGGUAGUCUCAUCAUAGAGACUCCUUUCUAUAAAUUUUCGCUAUUUCCCACCGUUGCUCCAGUUUUCCAGGGGGUCUCUUCGGCAUAUGGGUUUCUUGCGAGUUAGCUUAAUUCUUUCUUUAUCUUGAUCUCAUUCGGUUUUAUUCAGUUCGAUUUUUGACCGACCUCAAAGCAAGCCGAGUAGCAUCUCGAUCUCGAUCCAGAAUUUAGCAGCAAACUUGGAACUCUGCAGGACAAGCGCUUUGGGGCACGUUAAGUUUGGUAGUAUAGGAUCCGUUGCAUUAGAGAGCAAAGGCCUGUAGCGUCACUAGCGUGGGCGAAGGGCAAUGGGGGAGGAGAGGAGGCUGAGGGAUCUGUGGGCGGAGGCAAGAGAGCUGAGCCUCGGCACCUCCGGCUGUGUGGACCGCCUCGACGCGCCCCCAUCCCCUCUCCGCUUCCUCCGGGACUACGUCUCCGCCAACAAGCCCUGCCUCAUCUCCCGAGCCGCCACCCGCGGUUGGCCCGCAGUCUCUCUCUGGUCCGACGACGCCUACCUCCGCCGCGCCCUCCGCGGCCACGCCGUCUCCGUCCACCUCACCCCCCACGGCCGCGCCGACUCCCUCGUCCCCCUCCCUUCCGCCCGCGGCCGGGGGGGCGGCCUCUGCUUCGCCUCCGCCGCCGUCCGCUCCAUGGACUUCUCCGAGGCCCUCGAGCUGAUCACCGCCACCGGCUCGCCCUCGUCACCGACCGUGGCCUACGCCCAGCAGCAGAACGACUGCUUCCGGGCGGAGUACUCGGCGCUGGCGGGGGACGUGGAGCCGGACGUCCCGUGGGCCACCGAGGCGCUCGGCCGCCUCCCGGAGGCCGUGAACCUUUGGAUCGGGAACGGGCGGUCGGAGACGUCGUUCCACAAGGACCACUACGAGAACCUCUACGCCGUCAUCACGGGGGAGAAGCACUUCCUCCUGCUGCCCCCAACCGACGUCCACCGCCUCUACGUCCGCCAUUACCCAGCUGCCCACUACGUGCUCGACGAUGGGGGGGAGUUGCGCUUGGAACUGGAACAGCCGGAGAGGCAGGUUCCAUGGUGCAGCGUGGACCCGUACCCGGAGACGGCCGAGGCCCUGGCGGAGCAGAGGGAGGCCUUCCCCCUCUACUUUGACGGCCCCAAGCCUUUCGAAUGCACCGUAAAGGCUGGCGAGAUCCUCUACCUGCCUAGCAUGUGGUUUCAUCAUGUGAGGCAAACGCCUGACCGCCAUGGGCGGACCAUUGCCGUCAACUACUGGUACGACAUGCAAUUUGAUAUCAAAUACGCGUACUUCAGCUUCUUGCAAUCCAUCGACUACACUCUUCCUCCUUGCAAGCCUUCAGCGAAGGUCUGAAAUCUAUGAGACUAACUAGUUGGGUAUCGCACUCACAGUCAGACAGGUUCGGUGUAUUCUGCCCUGUUGGAGAACAAUUUAGUCGAAUAGUUGGAUUAUGUUGGAUGUUAAGGAGUCUCAAUUUGCAAUGUUCUUCUGUUAUGCGCUGGCUUUUACUAGUUUAGAAGAUCUAAUUGAGAAGCAAUAAUUAGUUGGUUAGGCAGGAUUGCCAAUAAUUAGUUGGUUAGAUUCUAUCUAUAUUUACAGUAUAAUGGUUCAACUGAAUUGUAGUUUCCUCUAUUAGAGCAUUGUAAGAGAUUAUAUAAUCUUCCUGCAUGAUGAAUAAAUAUCACAAAAGUGUUUUCCUUUGCAUUAUUGCAAUCUAAGGAGGCCUAGCUCCCUCGAAGUAGCUACUAUAUUCUUCUUCUGCACUCUAUUCGAUCCGAUAUAGGUCCUCAACCGACCACGUCCAGCAAGUCUAUACCAAAGUGGUAUCAGAGCCUGGGCAUGGAUGAACAAAUGGAGCGGAUAGAACAGAACUUUCAGUCUCUAUCUAAUUGUAUCACCGAGCUCUUUCAGUUGGUAGCAAAUCAAGAAAGAAGCAGGGCUCGGACGGACCGGGAAGAGACAUCCCAAGACCCCGAAGGGUCCAAUCUGCUUGUGAAGCGCUUGACACCUGCAGAAUUGAAGGAGCGGCAAGAAAAGUGCUUAUGUUUUUGCUACAAUGAGAAAUAUGGCUCUGGGCAUCGUUGCAAGCGACUCUUUAUGAUUGAAGCAUAACAAGGUGAUGAAGAAGACAAAGUCGUGGAGGAUGAAGAGGAAGAUCAUGAUGAAGAUGAUGAAGUACCCAAAAUUUAGUUGCAUGCUAUGAAUGGAUCUGAUGCUCCUGACACCAUGAAGAUACUUGGGAGUAUUGGAGGUACUGUCAUCAUUGCCUUAAUUGAUUCUAGGAGUACUCAUAAUUUUGUGAGUAAGGAGGUAGCACAGAGAACGGGAUUACAGCCAUGUUGCAAGAAGUCAUUAGGCGUGAUGGUGGCAUCGGGAGAGAGAUUGGAGAGUGAAGGCUUGCGUACUGAUGUACCCUUAACAAUGCAGCACUUCAAUUUCCAAGUGGAUCUUUUUGUUCUUCCAUUGGAGGGAUAUGGAUUGGUGCUAGGAACUUAAUGACUUAAGACUCUUGGGCCAAUUAUUUGGGAUUUCUUGGAGCUGAAGAUGGAGUUCCUGUGUGACGGAAGGUGGAUCAAACUCGACGGGAUGCGAGAACCUAACAAAAAGAAGGGGGAGAUUCCGGCCAGGUGUGGUGAAGGAGCAAAAUCAGCACUUGAUCGUUUGUUGGAAAAGUUCCAAGAUAUUUUGUAGCGGGGUUGUCCGGUGCUGGCCCUGACCCGAUGGUGGAGUGUCACGACGGAGCGGCUAGAGGCUUUGGGUCCGGUGCGGGGGCAGAGGAUGCAACCAGCUUGGGGGAAGCUUCAACUCACAGUGCGUGCCAUAUGGCACGGGGGCACAGUGGGGAUCAUCUCAAGGAGAGCAGUGCCUCUGGGUUGGCCUUUGAGCUGGGAAUGGGGAAGAAGGCAGCGGGUGAAUCAAGCUUCAUCAAGAAUGUUGGUGGUCUCAGGACAGAGCCAAGAGGGGGGAUGACAGAGGGCCCUGCGGCAACAGAUGAAGCCACUGGAGA